GAUUUGUUUCCUUGUCCACUAAAUUUAACAAUGUGGGUUUUAUGUGUUAUUCUGAAGGAAACUGUGUACACUGUAAGCAUUGUUAGUCAUGCCUAGGAUUUGUGUUUCUUGCCCAAAUAUGAAACAAACGUGAGGUCUUAUUGAAGGAACUCGUAUCUAUAGCGGAUCACUUAGUAUUAGCUGCUACUGUAGAGGAACAUGCAAGGCACAACUGUUGGUGGUGUGUUGAUGUCUCUUGCCAUCAGUGUAUGCUUAGCCUCCCAAGGUUUCCUAGAUUCUGUCCCAAGAGGUUCUGCCGGUGUUGUCCCUGAUACCUCAGGUCCAAGCGAAACACUUCUUCUUUGCCCAGUAUCAAUUCAACAUCCGUCAACAACACAACAUCCCAAACCACGUCCUUCAACAACGAGUCCUCCCACAACGAGUCCUCCCACAACAAGACCUCAAACAACACAUCCUCCAACAAUGAGACCUCCAACAACACGUCCUCCAACAACGAGACCUCCAAUAAUGAGACCUCCAACGACACAUCCUCCAACAACGAGACCUCCAACAACGAGACCUCCAACAACAAGUCCUCCAACAACGAGACCUCCAACAACGAGACCUCCAACAACACAUCCUCCAACAACGAGACCUCCAACAACAAGACCUCCAACAACAAGUCCUCCAACAACGAGACCUCCAACAACAAGACCUCCAACAACGAGACCUCCAACAACACAUCCUCCAACAACG